AUGUCAGAUAUAAAGAAAAGGAAAACAUAUUCAUCAGUUAAUGUUGAUUAUAAACUAAUAGAUCAAUUGAAUAAAGUGUUAGAAACAAAUGAUACUCAAAAUUUAAUUCAAUUUAUAGAAUAUGGAAAUCUUGGUAAAAUUUUACCAAUAUGGUCUUAUUAUUCCUCUUCAAAUAAUCAUAAAGAAUUUGUUGAAAUUACUAAUAAAUUGAAUAAUAUACUUUUCAUGAUUAAUGAAUCAAAAGAUUUAUUCUUAUCACAACGACAAAUCAUUAUUGAUACAUCAAAAGAUAUUUUAAUUAAUUAUUUAAAAAUCAUAUAUAGAGCAUUAUCAAGUUUAAAACCAUCAUCAACAAAUCCAACAAUUAGAUUAUUAAAUCAUUUAGUAAGUUAUGAUUACGUGAUAUGUAUGGAAUUCAUGAAUCAAUUUGAUUUAUCAUUACCUGUAUUACCAAAAUUAUUAAUUCCAACAAAGAUUGAAAUUGAAAAUGAAAUAAAUGAUAAUUAUUCAAUAAGAAGUAAUUUUUUAAAAUUUUGGAUAAAUCUUUGUUCAAAUUUAAAUUAUAUUAAUAGAUUAGAUUUAUUAUUAAAUUUUAAAAUUACUAGAAAUAUUUGGAAAUAUAUUGAAUAUGAUACUUUAUCAACUUUAGAAAAUUUAAUACAAUUUUUAAAUAAUAGAGUAUUAGAUGAAAUAAAUUUUAAAAAGGCUCAAAAAUGUAAGAUUUUAAAUGAUAAUUUUAUGUUUAAAGUUCAAACAUUAUUGACAAAAAUAAAAGAACCAUUUUUUAUGGAAUUUAUGAUUAAAUUAACAACAGAUUAUAAAAAUGGUAUUGUUUUCCCAAAUGAUGAAAUAUGGUUUGAAAAUUCAAAUAUUGGUGUUGAAAUUGAUAUAAACAACAAGACUUUUAAAAUAGCAAAUAAAUUAAUUUAUACUUUAUUAACAAGUUUAAAACCAACAAAUUCAAAUAAAGAAAUUCAAUUUAUUACAAAAAUAAUAGGUAGUUGUCAAGAAUUAAUUCCACCUUAUAUGAAUUAUUUAGUACAACAUGGUGGAGGAUAUAAUGAUCCUUCUUUAACUUCUUGGUGGAUAUCUCAUGUUUUAUUAUAUUCAAAUAUUUUACAAUUACAAUUACCAAAAUUUGAUAUUAAUUUAGAAUUUACAAAAUUUGAUCCGAAAUUGAUUACUGAAAGUAUUGUUUUUGCACCAUUACUGAAAAAUGUUUUGGUGGCUGGAUUAAAUUCAGAUAAAGGGUUAAUUGUUCAAUUGACUUUACAAUUAAUAAUGUACAUAUUAAUAAAAUUAGAAAAUAUUUUACAAAUUGUUAAUAUUAGACAAGAACUACUAUAUACAGUUUUCAAUUUACUUCCAGAAUUAAGUUCCUAUGUUCAAUUACUUUCAAAGCAUAAUUCAUCAAAAUUAAUUAAAUUAACUGCAUUAACCAUUAUAAAUAAAUAUGAAUCAUUAAAACCAAAUUCAACAAAUCAAAUAUCAUUACAAAAAUUAAUUUCAAAUGGAGUAUCAAAUAUAGUUUCAAAAACAGAAAUAAAUCAAUAUGAUUUAUCAAUAUUAGAUAUUUAUAUGAAUUUACAAAAUCAAGAUUUUAAAUGGUGGAAUAAAUUAAAUAAUUCAAAUUCAUUUUUUACAACAUUAAUUAAAUUAUCAUCAAAUUCAAAUUUAUCAAAAAAUUAUAUUAUAAAAAUUUAUAAUUUAAUUAAUAAAUUAAGUCAAGAUAAAAUGUUAUUUAAUGAAAAUUUAUUAAUAACUCCAAUAUUAUCAUUAAUUUAUUCAAUAAAUUCAUCAUCAAUGUCCACCAAGUUUUGGAAUAUGAUUGAUGAAACUAUUUCAAGAUGUAUUAGAACUCCUUAUAAAUAUCUUGAUAUUUCACAUUUAAAAUAUAAUGAUUUAAGUAUUUUUAUUAUUACAUUACUUGAACAAUUUAAAUUUAUUGAACAAAAUGAUGAAAAUUUAGAGUGGUUGGGAAGAUUUUUUAAAUUUUUAAUAAUUUUUGGUAAUAAUGAAAAAGACUUGAGGAAUUUAUUUCAAAAUAUCAAUCUUGAUUCUACUAAUAUUUCAUCGAAUUUAGAUGAUAAUUCAAUCUUGGAAAUUGCUUUCAAUUAUGAAAAUAAGGAACUAAAUUUAUCAAAAUUAUUAAAAGAUAAAAUCAUAACUUCAAAUACUGAAUUUUUAUCAAUUUUAUACUUACUUAAUCAAACAAAUUCAUUAAAUGAUAUAAUUUUCCCAAUAAUUUAUAAUUAUUUAAUAAAUAGUGAUGCAAGAGUACAAAAUUAUUUUGCUUCAAAAUUGGUAUGGGAAAAUAUAAUUUUUGAUGUUUCUAAAAGAGAAUAUUAUAAUGAAAUACUUCAAAACUUAUCAAACGUUGAUACUGAUUCAUUAGCUGAAUUUGUUUGUGAAAAUUUAAAAAAUGGUUCAGCAGAGUAUCAUGAAUUUCUUUGGACAUUAAAAGAUGAACAAGUACAAUCUUUGAGUAAUGUUGAAGAUGAUGCUAUUUUGUCAGAAUUUGUUAAACGUAAAUUGUCCGUUAAUUUUGAUCAAUUUUAUUGUGCUUUGUCAAAUGAUAAACUAGCUUCUCAAAUUAUUGAUUCAAAUUUGAUAUCCUUAUCUGAAGAUCAAUUAAAUCAAAUAUUAAAUGAGAUCGUGUCAAACAAAGAUUUUAGAAUUUUACCAAAUUUAAUUAAUAAAUAUUUUAAUAUUGCUAAUAAGUUGUUGGAUAAAAACAUUGAAGAUGAUGAACUUAAUAUUCUACUUGCAUCAUCUAUUAUUCAACAAAAUUUAGAAUUACCAACAAAUUUUCUCAAUUCCGUUAUUUCAAUAAUUGAAAAACAAUUACACGAAAAUAUCGUUUCAAAUUGGAAUCAAAUUUUGGUAAUUUUAUCAUUACAAGAAAAUAAACAUAUUGAACAAGUAUUAAAAUUAAUUGAAUUUAAACAAACAUUAAAUCCAAUUUUUAUUGAUUAUAUAUCUAAAAUUCCUCAAGAAAAAGAAUUAAUUAUAUGGUUACAUAAAUCUAUUUUAUAUAUUACUAAAUCAUUUGCUGAAUUAAAGGUCUUUUCAACAAAUUUUGAUGAAUUUUUAAAAAAUUUUGGAGAUUAUUUAUUAAAUUCUAAAAUUUGGGAUUUAAUUCCUUCAAAUGUUUUAAAUACUCAAAUUGAAGUUAUAUUAAAUUCCAAUUUUAUAAAUAAUGAUGAUUCAAUUUAUUUAAAAUAUUUGAUUAAAAUUUUAGUUAUUGCACCAAAACGGAAAAUUGAAUUUCAAAAAUUAUUUCAAAUUUCAUUAAUUUCAUUGAAAAGUUUAAAUGAUAUACCAACAUCAAAAAAUCAAAUUCAAAAAAGAUAUUUUGAAUCAUUUAUUUUAUAUAUAUUAUUUAAUUUUGAUCAUUCAAAAUUAUCAAAUUUAAAUAAUAUGGAAAUUUUAUUAGAAAAAUAUCAAGGUUUAAAUAAUAUUGAUGAUCAAUUGAUUUCUCAAAUUUUAAAAAUAAUGGAAUCAAAAAUUUCAAUCUCAUGGAUUAAAAAAGUUUCAAAUUGGGAAUUUAGUGAAUUAAAACCAAAUAAUGAAUUAUUUGAAAUGGAUAAAUUAAUUUUAAAAAAGAAUAAUGAAUUUAUUGUUACUUUAAAUAAAUAUAUUAUUGAAAAUAGUUUUAAUAUUAAAGAAUUUUCAUUACCUAAAUUAAAUCAAGGUUUAGAAUUAUGGGAACAAAUUGAAUCUUUAGAGUACCACCAAGAGUCAUUUGAAUUAACUUAUAAUUAUGAAUUUUUAAUAAUGAUUAUAUUAAAUAAUGAAGAAAUUUUAAAAUUUAAAAAAUUAGAAGAUGGAAGUAUUGCUAGUGUAUUCAAUAUCAAAAAUUUAAUAGAUACAGGAAUUUUACAAUUUAUAAUUUCAAAUAUAUCAAAUAAUCAAUAUCAACAAAUAACAAAUAUUAUAUUAAAUAAAAUCUUGGUAUCAUUAGACGAUGAAUUAAAUCAAUUUUUUAAAGAUAAAAAUAUUUUUAAAAUUUAUUUAUCAACUAUAUGUUUUACACUACAACAAGAUUAUAAAAUUUCAAAUUUAAUUUGGUUUAUAUAUUCUCAAUUUAUACCAAUAUUAUCAAAUCCUGGUCAUUUCUUAUAUGAAAAAACAUGUCGUUAUAUAUUAUCACAUCCAAAAUUAAAUAAAAUUGAAAUACCAUUAUAUAAUUCAAUUUUUAAAGCUAUUGAUACUGAAUUUUAUUAUAGAGAAUUAAUUUGGUUAAUUGAAAAUAUAACUGAGGGAAUAAAUUCCAAGGAAAAUUUAAAUUUAUUAAAUUCUUAUUUUAUUGAAUCAAUUUUAAAUUUAUUAAAUUCAAAAUUUAUUAAUAUAAAAUUAAAAUCUUCAAUUUUAAAAUUUAUAUAUAAAUUACAAUCUAUUGAUCAUGGAUCUGAUUUAUUAAUUACUAGAUUUGGUAUAUUAUGUGAUUUAUCAUUAUUAAGUAAUGAAUUUGUAGUGAAAGAUGAUGCAAAAGAUAAAGAUAAGGAGGACACUAUUUUUAAUAAUCAAUUAAAAUUAAAUUUUAAUGAAAUUAUUUCAAGAUUUGGAGUAAGUAAUAGUAAAAGAAUUGAAAAUUGGUCAAAUGGUGAUUUUAAAGAUAAUUUAAAAAGAUUACAUAGUUAUAUAAGUAAUUGA